UUCUAAUUUCGAUUUUGCAACCUGCAGAAAGAAACAAAGAAAGACCAAAAUUGUUUUUUUUUUAGAAAAAAAGAAACAAAACAAGGAAGAAAAAAAUGGGAAAAUCAACAAUAAUCUUUAUUGCUAGUGCUAUUUGCUUGUUCUCCCUAUUAGGGAUUACUCAAGCCACUGAAGAAUCUGAUAAUUAUCAAUUUAUUGUUGAAGGAAUUGUGUAUUGUGAUCCUUGUCGUUCAAUAUUCAAAACCAACCUUAGUGAGCCCAUUGCAGAUGCGAGAGUGGGGAUGCAAUGCCGACACCCUGAAACUGAACAAGUCACAAUGACUGUGACUGCCUCGACUAACUCCACUGGAUAUUAUCACAUGUUGAUAGAAGGAGAUCACGAGAACGAAAUCUGUGAGACAUAUUUGAUAAAAAGUCCAAAAGAAGAUUGCAGUGAGAUCCCAAGUGAAGGAUAUACCAGGGAAUCAUCAAGAGUUACACUGACUAGCAACAAUGGCAUUGCUGGAAAGAAUCGUGAAUCCAAUGCUCUCUUUUUCUUGACCAGAAAAGUUGCACCAGAAUGUCAACAAGAAUUCAAGGAGAUGGAAUAUCUCCCUGAACUUAAAGAUAUUAACCAGGCCUGA